AAAAAAACUAGCUAGCAACCUCCAACAAUGCUGUAGUUGAUGCCUAGCCUGCUUCUAUAAGCAGUAAAGUGGCUCAUGCAUCCAACACACAGGCACAUCACAUCGUCCUUCACUCUCCUGCCUGCCUCUACUGGUAUUGGUGCCAGCCAGAUCCGGUUUCCCGUCCAAACAUGAAUCCUCCUCAACUUCCAUGAGCAGCAGAAUGCAUGUAGUGUAGCUCCUGGGCACGGCAGGUAACCAUUUCUUUUUUUUUUUGAAGUAGCAGCUCCUGUAGAUACACAAUGGAGUCCUCUCGUGGUGCUUCACCUUGCUCCGACGCCGCUGGCGGCGGCCUCGUCGACGGCAGCGGCGGCACGCGGCUGUUCCCGUGCCUCUUCUGCAGCAAGACGUUCCUCAAGUCGCAGGCGCUGGGCGGGCACCAGAACGCGCACAAGAAGGAGCGCGUCGCCGGCAGCGGCUGGAACGCCGGCUGCGGCACCUCCUCCUACGCCGCCGCGGUGGAGCUCGACGCGGCGCUCGCGGCCGCCGGCAGCGCGCUUCCGGCCGCGUCGUCGGUGUUCGUGGCAGGCGCCCCGCACUGCAGCGGAGCGGUCGCAAUUGGCGCCGGGGCUGCAGGGGAGGCGUCUUACAGGGCCGGCGCCGCCGCAGCGCUGAGCUUGGAGCCGGAGAGGUGGACCGGUGGCCACGCGCCGCCAGCAACCCUGCACGGCGGCGCCGGCCCGAUCGAUGAGACGCUCAACUGGACAAGGCGCACGAAGGCCUCCGCCGCGGCCCCCAAGGCGGCGCCGGACGCCACCGCCUCCGGCGUGGAGCCCGACCUCGAGCUGAGGCUGUAGGCAGCUUAAGCUCUCGGGGAUCGGUCGACGAGCGCGCGUGCAUACGUUCUGGAUCAUCCAUGACGAGUUGACGACCCUGUAAAUUGUUUCGCUUGCUUGCUUGGAAUUGAAUAUGGUGUGUGCAUUUUACCUUUCCAUGCAUAUGGACGACAGAUAUAUGGUGAUACAACUCCAUACUGACGUU